UGCUGGAGGGGCGCGCAUGCGUGCAGCUCGCUGGAGGCGGUAGCUUCUUCGGCGUCGCGACUGAACGCUGAGUGCUAGACUGUGUGGGGCGCAAAUGGGAUCCGGCUGUUAGUCGGUAGGCAUAGCUUUGUGUAUUUCUUGGAAAAUUUCGCACCACUUGUGAAUUCCUUGAGCCUGGGCAUUGCAAACCCACUUCUGUUGGGCCCAUCUCCUUUGCACUUUGCUCAGAUUAAGACUCAGUUGGCGCUUCAGCAGCUGAAUGCCGUUGCCUCACAUGGUUCAACACCACCUUACACUUUAUUAAAUCAGGCAUUCUUGAAAGUAGCCAUGUCGAGACCCAGGUUUAAUCCUCGAGGAAACUUUCCACUUCAAAGGCCACGAGCACCUAACCCUUCUGGGAUGAGGCCUCCAGGACCAUUUAUGAGGCCUGGAUCUAUGGGUCUUCCAAGAUUUUACCCAGCAGGGAGAGCCCGUGGAAUCCCACACAGAUUUGCUGGCCAUGAAUCUUAUCAGAACAUGGGACCACAGAGAAUGAGUGUUCAGGUAACUCAACACCGAACUGAUCCAAGAUUGACCAAAGAAAAGUUGGAUUUUCAUGAAGCACAACAAAAGAAGGGGAAGCCUCAUGGUAGCCGGUGGGAUGAUGAGCCUCAUAUGUCUGCAUCAGUGGGAGUGAAACAGAGUUCUAUCACACAGGUUACAGGGCAGAGUCCUAAAGUACAGAGCCGCUAUACAAAAGAGAGUGCCUCAAGUAUCUUAGCAAGUUUUGGAUUGUCUAAUGAAGAUCUAGAAGAACUUAGUCGCUAUCCUGAUGAACAGCUAACUCCUGAAAAUAUGCCAUUGAUUUUGAGGGAUAUAAGAAUGAGAAAAAUGGGGCGCCGAUUACCGAAUUUACCUUCUCAGAACAGAAAUAAAGAAGCACUUGGUAGUGAAGCAGUUUCAAGUAAUGUGAUUGAUUAUGGGCAUGCAAGCAAAUACGGCUACACAGAAGAUCCACUUGAAGUACGUAUUUAUGAUCCUGAAAUUCCAACCGAUGAGGUCAAGAAUGAAUUUCGGUCACAGCAGAGCAUUUCUGCAUCUGUUCCUACUCCAAAUAUGAUAUGUAAUACUAUGUUUCCUGUUGAAGAAGUGUUUCGCCCAAUGGACUUCCCCAGUGAGUCCUCAAAUAAUCAGUCCUUUUUCCCAGUUGAGAGUGGAACCAAGAUGUCAGGCUUACACAUUUCAGGACAGUCAGUCCUUGAACCUGUAAAAUCCAUCAGCCAAUCCAUUAGCCAAACAGUUAGUCAGACAAUGAGUCAGUCUCUGAUUCCUCCAUCUAUGAACCAACAACCUUUUUCAUCUGAAUUAAUUUCAGCUGUAAACCAGCAAGAGCGGAUCCCACAUAAACCUGUGAUUAAUUCAUCUAAUGUACAUGUUGGAUCGAGAGGAAGUAAAAAGAAUUAUCAAUCAGAGACUGACAUUCCCAUUCAAUCUCCCUUUGGGAUUGUGAAAGCAUCAUGGCUACCAAAGUUUUCACAUGCUGAUGUCCAGAAGAUGAAGAGACUUCCAACUCCUUCUAUGAUGAAUGAUUAUUAUGCAGCAUCUCCAAGAAUAUUUCCACAUUUGUGUUCUCUGUGUAACGUAGAAUGUAGUCAUUUGAAGGAUUGGAUUCAGCAUCAAAACACAUCUACUCAUAUUGAGAGUUGUCGACAGUUGCGUCAACAAUAUCCUGAUUGGAAUCCUGAGAUCCUACCAUCAAGAAGAAAUGAGGGCAAUAGAAAAGAAAAUGAGACUCCAAGAAGACGUUCUCAUUCCCCCAGUCCUAGGCGCUCUAGGAGAUCAAGUUCAAGUCACAGGUUUCAUCGAUCUCGAAGCCCAAUACGCUACCCAUAUAGACCAAGAAGUCGGAGUCCAAGAAUUUGCCAUCGGUUCAUUUCUAGAUACAGAUCUAGAUCCCGAUCCCGUUCGCCAUAUCGAAUUAGAAAUCCAUUUAGAGGUAGUCCAAAAUGCUAUCGAUCAGUCAGCCCUGAAAGGACAUCAAGGAGAUCAGUGAGAUCAUCAGAUAGAAAAAAAGCGUUAGAAGAUGUGGUACAACGAUCUGGACAUGGGGCAGAAUUUAACAAACAGAAGCAUCUUGAAGCCGUUGAUACAGGACACUCCCCAGCACAAAAACCUAAAGUUGUCAGUGGAACAAAGCCACCAGUUAAAUCUAUAAGCUCUACAAAGAGUGACGCAAAUUUAGGAGGACAUUCUGCUCGUAAAUCAAAGAAUCUUGAAGAUGACACCUUACCAGAAUGUAAACAGGUGUCUGGUAAAGCUGUCUCUCUCCAGCGUAAGCUUCGGAAAGAGCAGUCUUUGCAUUAUGGUUCAGUUCUUCUUUUAUCUGAACUACCAGAGGAUGGCUGUACUGAAGAAGAUAUUAGGAAGAUAUUUCAGCCAUUUGGAAAAGUUAAUGAUGUCCUGAUCGUUCCAUAUAGAAAGGAGGCUUACUUGGAAAUGGAAUUUAAAGAAGCAAUUACUGCAGUCAUGAAGUAUACUGAAACAUCACCUCUUGUGAUAAAAGGAAAAAGUGUGAAAAUAAGUGUUCCAGGAAAGAAAAAAGCUCAGAACAAAGAAAUGAAGAAGAAAACUUCAGACUCAAAGAAAUUAGCUGCAUCUGCUUUAAAGAAAGAUGCAGAUGCUUCAAAAACUGUUGAAACUGUUACUUCAGCUUCUGCCAAAACUGGACAAACCAAGACAUCUUCAGUCAAAGUAAACAAAUCUACAGGGAAAUCAGCGGGUUCUGUAAAAUCUGUGGUAACAGUAGCUGCUAAAGUUAAAGCUAUCAAAACAGGAAAAUCUACUGGAAAGAAGUCUUUAGAAGCCAGAAAGGCUGGGAAUAUAAAAAAUAAAGAUUUAAACAAACCUGUAACUGUACCAGCAAAUUCUGAAGUAAAUACCAGUACAGAAGCUAAAGCUGCUGAAAACAGUGCUAAAGAAACUAUUUCAGAAGCUGCUUUGGAAGCCACAGAAAAUGAAGCAGUUAACAAGGAAUCAGAAGAAAUGUGCGUGGUACUUAUUUCUAAUUUGCCUAAUAAAGGCUAUUCUAUAGAAGAAAUUAAUAACUUGACAAAACCAUUUGGUGGUUUAAAGGAUAUUUUGAUUUUAUCAUCUCAUAAAAAGGCAUAUAUAGAAAUAAGUAGAAAAUCUGCAGAUUCUAUGGUAAAGUUUUAUACCUGCUUCCCAAUAUCCAUGGAUGGAAAUCAACUCUCCAUAAGUAUGGCUCCUAAAAACGUGAAUAUAAAAGAUGAGGAAGCCCUGUUUACAACCUUGAUUAAAGAAGAUGACCCAGAGGCAAAUACAGAUAAAAUUUAUAGCCAGUUUGUGCAUCUUGAUAAUUUACCAGAAGAUGGACUUCAGUGUGCACUUUGUGUUGGACUUCAGUUUGGAAAAGUGAAUCACCACAUAUUCAUGAAUAAUAAAAACAAGGCGAUUCUUCAGUUAGAAAGUCCUGAAUCUGCUCAAUCAAUGUACAACUUUCUGAAACAAAAUCCACAAAACAUAGGUGACCAUGUAUUGACUUGCACGUUAUCUCCAAAGAUGGAUUUAUCUGAGGCGAAAAUUGAGAAAGGCCCAGAACCAGAAAAAGAAAGCCCUGACUUGAAAAACAGUCCAGUUGAUGAAAGUGAGGUGCAAACAGCAGCUGAUAGUCCCUCUGUUAAACCUAGUGAGGUUGAAGAAGAAACUACUCCCAAUAUUCAGACAGAAACUUCCAUUCAGCAGGAAGAGCCUUGUGAGGAAGAACCUGAAAAAGCACUGUGUGACUCUGACUUUGCUAUUGAAACACUGGAAAUUGAAACUCAAGGGGAGGAGGUCAACAUAGAAAUUCCUCUUGUGGCAACCACUCCAGCUAGUAUUGAAUUGUUUGUGGAAAAUAUGGAGGAGUCUGCUUUAAAUCAACAGGUGUGUACCACUGACUUUGAGAAGGAAGAGGCAGAAAUUAUGAAACCUGAAACAGAAUUGCCAAUAUCAGAUAGUGUACUUAUAGAAGAAAGGAGUAUCAAAGGAAUUCUAGAAGAUUCUCCAUCUGAAGCAGAAGAUUUCUUUUCUGGAAUCACACAAUCUAUGGUAGAAGCUGUAGCUGAAGUGGACACACAUGAAACUGUUUCAGAAAUAGUGCCAUCUGCUUGUGUUACGACUGUAGCACCAGGAAUUUGCACUGGGGAUGAGAAGAUAGUGAAUAAAAAGAGUAUUUCUGAAAAAAGCGACAUGGAUGAAAAGGAGGACAAUGAAAUUAAUACCAAGGAAACCAGAAUGGAUCUACAGAUAGGAACAGAGAAGACUGAAAAGAAUGAAGCUAAGAUGGUUGCAGAAAAAUUGGAAAAGAUUAUGGUAGCAAUGAAAGAAAAGCCUGCAGAAAAUAUUGUAAUCAAGGCCUGCCCAAAUAAGGAAUUGGGUCAGACCAAUAAGCCCGAUGAAACUGGUAAAACUAGUAUGCUGGCUGUAUCAAAUGUAUCUGGCAAUAAAUCAAAUAUUAAGGCUGCUAUGGUCUCUUCUCCUAAAGCAAAAGCUCCAGCGUCAAAAACUGAAAAUCAGAAAAGUUUUCUAAAAUCUGUGCUCAGAGAUCAAGUAAAUGUUGAAAAGAAACUUUCAGCCAAAGAACUUGGUCUACUUAAAAGUACCAGAUCAGACUUGGCAGAAGGCAGCAGUAAAUUCAAACCCACUCAGAGUGGUAUUACCAGAGAAAGCAGUGGAAAGAUCUCAGUCCUUCAAGGCAAGGAUUCUAAACUGGAUUACAAGGACAUAACCAAACAGUCUCAGGAAACAGAGGCUAGACCUUCCAUCAUGAAACGGGAUGACAGCAACAAUAAGGCUUUGUCUGGGCAAAACACUAAGAAUUCUAAAAGCACCACUGGUAGAAGUUCCAAAUCUAAAGAGGAACCGUUAUUUCCAUUUAACUUGGAUGAAUUUGUUACUGUGGAUGAGGUUAUAGAAGAAGUGAAUUCUUCUCAAGCCAAGCAGAAUCCAUUAAAGGGAAAAAGGAAAGAAGCUCUUAAAAGUACUCCUUCUGAACUUAACUUGAAGAAAAAGAAGGGGAAAACCUCUGCCUCUCAUGGUGUUGAGGGAGAAUUAUCUUUUGUAACAUUGGAUGAGAUUGGGGAAGAGGAAGAUGCAGCUGCACAAGCUCUAGUCACUGUGGAUGAAGUAAUUGAUGAAGAAGAAUUAAAUAUGGAAGAAAUGGUAAAAAAUUCAAAUUCACUUCUUACAUUAGAUGAAUUAAUUGACCAGGAUGAUUGCAUUUCCCACAGUGAACCAAAAGAUGUUACUGUUCUAACAGUGGCUGAAGAACAAGAUCUUCUCAAACAAGAACGCUUGGUAACUGUGGAUGAAAUUGGAGAAGUAGAAGAGCUACCUUUAAAUGAGUCAGCAGACAUAACUUUUGCCACUUUAAAUGCUAAAGGAGAUGAAGGAAAUCCUGUAAAGGAUUCCAUUGGGUUCAUUUCUUCUCAGAUGCCUGAAGACCCUUCUACUUUAGUCACUGUAGAUGAAAUACAGGAUGACAGCAGUGAUUUGCAUUUAGUGACUUUGGAUGAAGUAACUGAAGAGGAUGAAGACUCUCUGGCUGAUUUUAACAAUCUAAAAGAAGAACUUAAUUUUGUUACUGUUGAUGAAGUUGGAGAGGAGGAAGAUGGAGACAGUGAUUUAAAAGUUGAGUUAGCACAAAGCAAAAAUGAUGGUCCUCUAGAUAAAAGAGGAGAUAGAAAGAAGAGAGCCAUGGACACAAAGAAGACAAAACUUGAAGCCUUGUCCCAAAUGGGUCCAGUAAAUGAGAAUGUUUCAGAAGAUCUGAAAACCAUGAUUGAAAGACACUUAGCAGUUGAUGAAGAAUCUGGAUUAAAGGAUUCAGAACCAGAUCGAAAACGCAAGAAGACUGAGGACCCAUCUUUAGGCAAAUCAGUGGCACCUGAUGUCCCAGAAGAUUUAGAUUUUCUUGUACCGAAGGCUGGAUUCUUCUGUCCAAUUUGUUCCCUCUUCUACUCAGGUGAAAAAGCAAUGACAAAUCACUGCAAGAGUACUCGUCAUAAGCAAAAUACAGAGAAAUUCAUGGCCAAGCAAAGAAAGGAAAAGGAGCAGAAUGAGGCUGAAGAAAGAAGCUCUAGGUGAUUGGGAGAAAGGGAAAAGAAUUCAUUAGAAAUUUGUUUAGGGUCCAGUUGAUUUGUGUAUUUUUGUUAUCACUUAAUUUGUAAUUUUUGUUUCAGAAGCAAAUAUUCAUGUUGUAUAAAUUUCUGAUUGCCCUUGAUGUAGAGAGACUGAUGGGGAAAGUAUGAUGUGUUUGAUUUUUAUAUCAAAUCAUCAGGCAUGGAGAAAUGUCUUUUAGAGGUGUUAAAAUAAAUGUUCCUACUGUAUAUUUAAAA